AUGGAGCCCAGAAGCGCGGUCUCGCCGCUCAUGCCGCGGUCCCCAUCCAAUUUGAACAUUGGAUCACCUUCUCGGACAUCGACACUGGCCAUGCGUAAGUCAAUGGCUAAGACCAUCACAGAGCCGCCCUCAAAACGGCGGAAAUUGGAUGUUGAUCUGGCCGAGCAGCGUAACGAAGCCAUCGGCAACAAAUAUGUGAAAGGCAAAUUCUUAGGCUCUGGCACAUAUGCCACAGUCUACGAAGGUCAUCUGCGAUCCGACCCCAAGUUCCUGGUCGCCAUCAAGAAGUUCAAGUUCAUCACUGGCGACGGCGACAUGGACCUUGGUCUCAACGUCGACACCAUCCGAGAAAUCAAAUACCUCCAGGAGCUCUCAGGCCAUCCCUCACUCAUCCAGAUGUACGACAUAUUCAGCACCAAAGACCAGAACGUCAGCAUGGUUCUAGAGCACUGUCCGAACGGCAACCUCGAGGAGUUCUACCGCUCCGCUAUUCCCUACACCAACGCAGACAUCAAAGCCUGGAUGGCCAUGCUCUGCCGUGGCAUCUACUUCUGCCACUCUCACUUUGUCCUCCACCGGGACAUAAAACUCAACAACAUUCUCAUCGCCAACGACGGCUCCAUACGUAUUGCUGACUUCGGCCUCGCCCGCUCCUUCGCCGAGCCUGGCACGCGCAUGACCCCCAAUGUCAUCACGCUGUGGUACCGCCCGCUCGAACUCCUGUUCGGCGCCCACCACUACUCCGGCGCCGUCGACAUGUGGUCGAUAGGUUGCGUGUUCGCCGAGCUCAUCGGCCGCAAACCCUUCAUGAUUGCUGAAGUUGAUGAGAAAGAUUUGGACACGUCAGCCGGUACCCUCGGCCAAAUCGAAGCCAUAUGCAAACGUAUCGGCACUCCCAACGAAGACAACUGGCCAGGAGUGAGCAAACUGAAAGAUUGGUUUGAACCAAAAACCCAACAGCCCUUGCGCGACAAGUCACACUUCAUGAAGAUGCUCCCCACCGCCGGCUCCAGCGCUGUAGAUUUCCUCAUGGCGUUGAUGCCGCUGAAUCCGCUCAAGCGAGCCACUGCGAAGCAGGCGUUACAGCACAGCUACUUCACCUCGGAGCCGAGACCUACCGAGACGCACAAACUGCCAAGGAAGGGCGGUGGUGGGAUCGAGGCAAUGGCGGCGUCGGAGGUGCAGAAGCCAGGGCAGGUCGGCGGGGAGGAUAAGUAUAAGGGUGUGGCGAGGAAACUGUUCAAUUAG